CUGAUUUACUUUUACACGCGGACCAGAUUGUUUAGCCCACUAUUAAACGGAUUGACCAAAUCCAACCAGUGAACAGAAUAAUCCGCCACAAUCAGGUCAUGUUAGCUUGUGUGAUAUCUCAAACUAUUGUUCCGAGAAAAGUGAUCGGUGUACACCAUUUUGUGAAAAUCGUGUUCACCAAAUGGUGUAGGCCAAGCAUUUGUGUAUUUUUCAUCCCUAAGGCAACUGGGUCCAGUCAUAAAAAGAAGCUUCAACGAAUGAACUCGAGGAACGACUUUUGUGAGUGCUCUUGAAUUACUCCGUAAGUCCGUAUUACUUUUGAACAGAAGAGCCUACCAGCGAACGAUCAAGCGGCGGCAGUGAGGCAGGCGACUAACGGCAGUUCCGUGUUUCCAGGCAGCGGCCACCUGGCGACGCCGGCAAUCCAGCGUUUCAUGUUUUCGGAUUCGGGAAGGACGGCUUUUCAAUCAUCAAACUUAGGCGCUUCGUCCAGAGUAUCUUGAAGCAGUACAGGUGAAGUUAGCUUCCUCUAUGGGAUAUUGUGUGAACCAUUUCGCGUCACUGAGUAUUGUAGCAUCAGCUCCUUUGCAACCUAGAAACACGUGUGCCUAUUUUUCGACCAAACCAUCUGGCAGAAAAUCUUGCAGCAGUAAUAUUACCGGUAAAAUGAGGCGACCAUCAAUGGCUGAAGGAACCUCUGCUGCUACUUACAAAAGAUUUGCUCACUUUGCUUUGGAAGAAACCAGGAAACAAACCCAAUUGAGCCCUUCUCUGUUACAGGAUACGUAUGGUUGCUCGGUUGCUUAUCUGCCAUUGAGUCACCUUAGAUUAGACUGCUCCAGUAUUUAUCCAUUGAGGGGAUUGAUGGAGUGCAGGGUUGUCAGCAAAAACAACAAGAAAGCAGUAUCUUUAACCUUUUCAUCACCAUCUUCGUUUUACCAAUAUUCUUUAGAAGGCCCUUUAAUUUUCACUAAAUUCUCACCACAUCCUCGGACUUCAUCUUCCUUACUGAGGAAACCACUGUCAUGUUCCAAAUCUUCGUCUGAAGAAGCAGAGAUCUCUGGAAAGGAGGAAGGGUGGCUGCAGAAGCUGCCGGAGAAGCAGAAGGCUCUCUAUGCUCAUAGCUUGCCCUGCAUAGAGGCCUGGCUCGGGAGUUUAGGGUUUUACCAGAGCAAAGAAGACAGAGCUGUUUGGUUUGUGGAAAAUCCCGAUUGGCACGCUCAGUUAUCUCUUGAUAUUACAGACCUAUACAUAAGGUACCUUAAGAGUGGACCAGGAGGGCUGGAGAAAGAUGUGGAGAGAAGAUUCAGCUAUGCACUCAGUAGGGAAGACAUCGAAAAUGCCAUCCUUGGCGGCCCAUAAGGAACACCUUCUGUCUAGGCUUAAUACAAAAGGAAGAGAAAAACAACAGUACCUCUCUAGGCACAUAUAUUGCAACAGAGAUGUUUACCUCCAACAUGUAGUGAAAAAACUUUUUUACUCCCAUGCAUGCCCUGAUAAAUCAAUGGUGGGUAGUACCAACUACCAACCAACCUACCAAAAGUACCUAGGGGGCAUAAACGAAUGGUGGACUACUAGUGUUUAGACUCGUUUAGCGUUUGUAUGUGACUUGUUUUAGAGCUCGACUGUUAAGUGAACAAGGGUUGGAGUGUUGGACAAUGAGAAGCUCGUUUGAUUUAGGCCCAUGAACAACUCGAUCAAAGUGUGGUCAUGCACAAAUUCUGUUGUAGUUCAUAUAAGGGUGUACAUGAACAGUUCUGAUAAGUGAUAAUAGUUUUGUAUCUUGCAUUAUAAACUGUGAGUCAUGGUUUACUUGUUACAAUGAUGUGAAAAUAAAGUUAAAUGGACUCG